UGACCUGGAAGUACAGCAAGACUGUGAGCUCUCAAAUCUCACUCCCAGCAAUGUCCUUCCUCCAGAAAACAGCACCGCUAAUAAGGGAUCAAGUCUUCAAACACCUGAGCCAAUGGAAGACAUUUCUUACCCAGACCAUCCAGAUCUGUUUUAUGUUGAGAGACAAUGAAGAUUUAGAUAAAUGACCUGAAAAUAGAGAAACAGCUUCUACAAUUUUUCAUUUUGAAGUCUUUAGCAAACUACAAUGCCCGGAAGCUUCUGGAAGGCAGUGACAGUGGCUGUGGUGGGAAUGAGGUCCCGAAACCAGGGUGGAGAAAGCUCAUCUAAUGGGCACGUCUCCUGCCCCAACUCCUCCAUCAUCGGCAGUGCCGGUGAUCUAAGACCCUCAGAAGACGCAAAAAAGAACAAGGCAAAUCGGAAGGAGGAGGAUGUCAUGGCUUCGGGAACUGUCAAACGGCAAUUCAAACCAUCUGGAGAAAGUGAGAGAAAGACUAAGAAGCCACUGGAGCUAUCCAAGGAGGACCUCAUCCAGCUCCUGAGUAUAAUGGAAGGAGAGCUGCAGGCUAGAGAAGACGUGAUCCACAUGCUGAAGACAGAGAAAACCAAGCCCGAGGUUCUGGAGGCGCAUUAUGGAUCUGCAGAACCAGAGAAAGUGCUUCGGGUCCUGCACCGAGAUGCCAUCCUCGCUCAAGAGAAGUCCAUAGGAGAAGAUGUCUAUGAGAAACCCAUCUCAGAGCUGGACAGACUGGAGGAAAAGCAGAAGGAGACGUACCGCCGCAUGCUGGAGCAGCUGCUGCUGGCGGAGAAAUGCCACAGGCGCACCGUGUACGAGCUGGAGAACGAGAAGCACAAGCACACUGACUACAUGAAUAAGAGCGAUGACUUCACCAACCUGCUGGAGCAGGAGCGAGAGAGGUUGAAAAAGCUCCUCGAACAAGAGAAGGCUUACCAAGCCCGCAAGGAGAAAGAAAAUGCUAAGCGGCUCAAUAAACUCCGGGAUGAGCUUGUGAAGCUCAAGUCGUUCGCACUCAUGUUGGUGGAUGAGAGGCAAAUGCACAUUGAGCAGCUGGGCCUGCAGAGUCAGAAGGUCCAGGACCUCACUCAGAAGUUGAGAGAGGAGGAAGAAAAGCUCAAAGCCAUCACUUACAAAUCCAAAGAGGACCGCCAGAAACUGCUCAAGUUGGAAGUGGACUUUGAGCACAAGGCCUCGAGGUUUUCCCAGGAGCACGAAGAGAUGAAUGCCAAGUUGGCUAACCAAGAAUCUCACAACAGGCAACUUAGACUCAAACUGGUUGGCUUAUCUCAAAGGAUUGAGGAGCUGGAAGAGACCAAUAAAAGUCUCCAGAAGGCGGAGGAAGAGCUUCAGGAGCUGAGGGACAAAAUCGCCAAAGGCGAAUGUGGAAACUCCAGCCUCAUGGCGGAGGUGGAAGGUCUGCGCAAGCGCGUGCUCGAGAUGGAGGGCAAGGACGAGGAGAUCACGAAGACCGAGGCCCAGUGUAGGGAGCUGAAGAAGAAGCUCCAAGAGGAGGAGCAUCACAGCAAGGAGCUGAGACUGGAGGUGGAGAAGCUGCAGAAGCGGAUGUCCGAACUGGAGAAGCUGGAGGAAGCCUUCAGCCGGAGUAAGUCAGAAUGCACGCAGCUCCAUUUGAACCUGGAGAAGGAAAAGAACCUAACCAAAGACCUGCUGAAUGAGCUGGAGGUGGUCAAGAGCCGGGUGAAAGAGCUUGAGUGCUCGGAGAGCAGGCUGGAGAAGGUCGAGUUAAGCCUGAAAGAUGACCUGACGAAGCUCAAGUCCUUCACUGUGAUGCUGGUGGAUGAAAGGAAAAAUAUGAUGGAAAAAAUAAAGCAAGAAGAGAGGAAAGUGGACGGGCUGAACAAAAACUUCAAGGUGGAACAGGGAAAGGUGAUGGAUGUCACCGAGAAGCUGAUUGAGGAAAGCAAGAAGCUCUUAAAACUCAAGUCCGAAAUGGAGGAAAAGGUGUAUAGUUUGACAAAGGAGAGAGAUGAACUGAUGGGCAAGUUGAGGAGUGAAGAAGAGAGGUCCUGCGAACUGAGCUGUAGUGUUGACUUGCUGAAGAAGCGGCUUGACGGCAUAGAGGAGGUGGAAAGGGAAAUAAACAGAGGCAGGUCGUGCAAGGGGCCUGAGUUCACCUGCCCAGAGGACAACAAGAUCAGGGAGCUGACGCUUGAGAUCGAGAGGCUGAAGAAGCGUCUCCAGCAGCUGGAGGUGGUGGAAGGGGACUUGAUGAAGACCGAGGACGAGUAUGACCAGUUGGAGCAGAAGUUCAGAACAGAGCAGGAUAAGGCGAACUUCCUCUCCCAGCAGCUAGAGGAGAUCAAGCACCAAAUGGCCAAGAACAAGGCCAUAGAGAAAGGCGAGGCUGUCAGUCAGGAAGCCGAGCUGCGACACAGGUUUCGGCUGGAGGAGGCCAGAAGUCGCGACUUACAGGCCGAGGUGCAGGCCCUCAAGGAGAAGAUCCAUGAGCUCAUGAACAAAGAAGACCAGCUGUCCCAGCUCCAGGUCGACUAUUCGGUCCUUCAGCAAAGGUUCAUGGAAGAAGAAAACAAGAACAAGAACAUGGGGCGGGAGGUUCUCAACCUGACCAAAGAGCUGGAGCUUUCCAAGCGCUACAGCCGAGCUCUCAGGCCCAGCGGCAACGGCAGGAGGAUGGUGGACGUGCCGGUGGCCUCCACCGGGGUGCAGACAGAGGCAGUGUGCGGGGAUGCUGCGGAGGAGGAGGAGACUCCGGCUGUGUUCAUUCGCAAGUCCUUCCAGGAAGAGAACCACAUCAUGAGUAAUCUUCGGCAGGUGGGCCUGAAGAAACCCAUGGAACGGUCCUCGGUCCUCGACAGGUAUCCCCCAGCAGCCAACGAGCUCUCCAUGAGGAAAUCUUGGAUUCCGUGGAUGAGAAAAAGAGAAAACGGCCCCUCCACCCCGCAGGAGAAAGGGCCCAGGCCAAACGCGGGAGCAGGGCACCCCGGCGAGCUGGUCCUGGCCCCGAAGCAGGGCCAGCCCCUGCACAUCCGCGUAACACCAGACCACGAGAACAGCACCGCGACCCUGGAAAUCACGAGCCCCACAUCCGAAGAGUUCUUCUCUAGUACCACCGUCAUUCCGACCUUAGGCAACCAGAAACCAAGGAUAACCAUUAUCCCAUCACCCAAUGUCAUGUCGCAGAAGCCCAAAAGUGCAGAUCCUACUCUGGGCCCAGAACGAGCCAUGUCCCCUGUCACCAUCACUACUAUUUCCAGAGAGAAGAGCCCUGAAGGUGGAAGGGGCGCGUUUGCAGACAGGCCUGCGUCCCCCAUCCAGAUCAUGACGGUGUCGACGACGGCGGCUCCCCCUGAAAUCGCUGUCUCUCCUGAAUCCCAGGAAGUACCCAUGGGAAGGACUAUCCUCAAAGUCACCCCGGAAAAACAAACUGUUCCAAGCCCCGUGCGGAAGUACAACUCCAAUGCCAACAUCAUCACCACGGAAGACAAUAAAAUUCACAUUCACCUAGGGUCUCAGUUUAAACGAUCCCCCGGGCCUGCCGCUGAAGGAGGGAGUCCAGUCAUCACCGUCCGGCCUGUCAGCGUGACAGCUGAGAAGGAGGUCUCUACAGGCACAGUCCUCCGCUCUCCCAGGAACCACCUCUCUUCGCGGCCUUGUGCUAGCAAAGUGACCAGCUCUAUAACCAUAACCCCGGUCACAACCUCAUCCACCCGAGGAACCCAGUCAGUGUCAGGACAAGAUGGGUCAUCUCAGCGGCCUACACCCACCCGCAUUCCUAUGUCAAAAGAGAGCGUCAUUAUUCACCAGUUGCGAAUGAGCUCCCGAUGAGACUCCCCAGCACAGCCCUCAGUCAUCACUAAGGUCCACCACGCUACUGAUGUUGACUGGAAACAUCCUAUCACUUCCAGUAAUCCAGUAAUCUUUUUUUUUUUUUUUUUUGAGGAUUCAAUUUAACAGUUAAAAACCACAUUGUGGAAGAUAUCAACGUAUGUGGCAAAAGCAAUUGAAUCUUUGUGCCCAAAGAAAGUUUUCUUCUCUUUGCAAAGCUUUCACAUCUGUGGCAUAUGCUGUAUAAUUUAUUUUUACAAUACAUUCUGUAAUGCGACUUCUCCUCCUAAGUUGUUUCUUUUCUCAUAGUCUGUGGCACAUAUAUCUAUAGACUGCACUGUCAGUUUUUCAGAGUAUUGGUGUUGUGUAAUCGAAAAGUCUAACCUAUCAUUUUCCUUUUAUUCAUUUGUUAUUUUUAAGAAAAAGGAAGCUUAACACUCUAUUUCCCCAGACAACUCAAAGAGGUAAAACCUAGAAACAGUAGAUUUCGGGAGUUUUAUUGUUUGUAUGAUGCUGUGGUUCUGCUCCUGGUUCAACACUAAAAACGGUGUUCUGACUUAGGAGCUCAAGUACUUAAAACCAGUUUGUAAGUGUUCUGUAUGAAAAACAAACGGCUUUGAAUGGCAGUUUAAUUUUAUCUGCAUUAUUUAAUUCUGUGUAUAACAUAUAAUCGCGACUGUAAUGCCAGGGUAUUUCCCACAUAGUACCCCCUCUCCCAUGAAAACUUGCAAAUAAAAACUGACCUAGAUAAUGUCAACUUUUUUUUUCUCCAAAAAACAGGAUCACCUGAAGGUAGAUAUUCAUUUCCCUACGAUUUUGAGAGUUUUAAAACUACUUGUAAGUAGGAAAACAACUUCUUCUUCUCUUCCUCCUCCUCCUUUUCCUCCUUCUCCUCUUCUUCCUCCUUCCCUUCCCUUUUCUUCAACUUGGUACAGGUUCUUGCUAUGUAUCCCCAGCUGGCCUAAAACUGGCUGUGUGGACUAGACUGGCCUUAAACUCACAGGCCUUGAACUGCCUGUCUGUGCCGCUCACAACUGCUGGGGGACCAAAGGCAUGUGUCACCCAGCUAAGAAUAUAUUUUUAGAAUAAUUAAGAACCUACUAUUUACUACUCAAAAUUCACUGUCAAAACUGCUGUUGAAUUUAGGUUUGGGUGAAAACAUGAAGUCUGCUUGAAACUGUAGUAAAACAACAACAACAAAAUACUGUUGGUGUGAGUGUAUUUCUAAUAAGGUCUUUAAAAUGACUUCGAAGUUCCGAGUUGGCGGUUCAGUUUCUAAAUCCAGAAGUUAUUCACCAUGCUACUCCAGUGUGAUUAAAGAGCCAAUGCAUCUUCUGAAUGUUAUGAAGCAAAUAAAAUCACUCACGUAACGUACUGUCGGCUCACCUCUGCAGUCCACAAGCUGUAUCCACGCCAGCCACAGAGGGAAGUUUGCAGUGUCUCUGGAAUCGGAAACACAGUGCUAAAUUUCCUCCCCAAUGUAACCUAGGUUUUAAUGUAUUCUGUGCAACUGACAAAUGGUAUUCAAUAUAUACAUAUUGUCAAUUAAAUAACUAUAUUUUCUAAAAAUUAUUUUUACUGAAUUUUUAAAAGUAAAAUGUUAUGGUGGGCUUGAAUGAUUGUGGCUUUGGUUACUGUGGUUUUGAUUACUGACACAGAAGCCUAGACUGUAUGUGUGUGUGAAGAUUUUUAAAAGCGUUGUUUUCUCAAAAUGUUGAAAUGUAAUGACACUUUCAAUUACAAAACAGUUGUUUUAUUUGGUAUUUUUAUGUUGUCAGGGAGGUAAAGUUUUGAGGUGGAACAGUUCCCAAAGCUAAAUUAUUUGCUUUAAGUUAAAACAUUACUACGAUGUGUAGACGGACAUGCUGGGUCUCCUCCCCUUCUGAGUUGUAAAGAAUCUUGGUAUCCGCAAAGACAGUGACAAUCAUGUUGCAAACAGUCAUCUGGGUAGAUUGCUGAGAUUUUUUUCUGCCUACCUCACCAUGAGUUUCUUUGUUUAAACCUAAGUGACAGAUAAGUACAAUGAGCACGCUAAAUUUGAAAUAAGAGACUAUUAACAUACAUGUUCAGAAUCUGAUCUUAGCAACCUUGGCUAAUUGUAAAAGUUGCCUUCACAAGCCGUUCUGCCACUAACCUGGAUCACGUCACAUAACUUCAAUUUCUUUUACUGUAAAUACGUCUCCAUCAAUUUGAAUGAGGCUAAUUUUUGGAUGGAAAGAUUUACAUGUUUUCUGAAGUGUAGUCAGUAUUUCUAGUUCAAGUUGUUUUGUUUUGAAGACAGGGUCUCCUUCUGUAGACCUGAUUGGGCUGGAACUCAGAGAUCCUAUCCCUCUCUGUUUCCUGAGUGCUGGGAAAAAAGGUGCGCAGUACAAUACCCAAGCCUUUACACUUGUUUUGAGAUAGGGUUUCACUAUCUGUCUCAGGCUCUCCUCAAACACACCCUGUAGCCAAGGAUAGGAUUGAACUCAUGAUCUUGUCUCAGUCGCCUGAGUGUUAGAACUAUAAGCAUGAGUCACAAUGCUGACUACACCUUUCUUCUUGGUAACUGGUUUUGCUUAUUUGAUUUUGGUUUUCAUGAUACCUUCUGCAUUUUUCAAGUGUUCGUAAAGUAUUGAGCUUGAUGAAGAUGGCGGACAGAGUACGUGCACAGGAUGGUAGCGCCCAGAGUAUACAUAAAGUAUGAAUUCAUUGAGUCUUAAGAUAACCACUAAGAAAUCAUCAUGUGGAAUAUCUAGUUUAAGCAGUAAGAGCAACACAGACACUACUGAAAUAACUUGGAGCUAGUGGAAGUCAGAGGCAAAGCAAGAGUAAAUGGAUUAUUAGGCAGGUGAUGCUUUUAUCCAAUGCCAUAAUUGAACUUCUCUGGAAAGUCAGAAAAAAACAUGGCAGAAGUUGAGUAUGUUAGUGUAUUGUUUGAGCAACACAUCCAAAAAUAGCAGAAAUACAAAAUAAAACUGAAAACUCAUAGUUGGUACCUGAGGCUCAUGCCCUCAUCUCCACUACUAAACCAAUACUAAAAAGACUAAUUAGAAGGCAAAGAAAAAAAAGAAUAAAAAUAUCUGUAAGAAACUUAUAAAAAUUAGAAGUUUUAUGACCAUUAUUAUUUGUUUCUUAAGUUCUCAGUAUGUGUUUUAUAACUGCAUAAUAACUGUGUGUUCCUUAUGGAAAAAUGUAAGUUUUUGGACAGGUAUGUUUAUGGAUUCCAUGGUGCGAGGCAGGCAUUUUCUGCUUUUUCUUUGUGGUUUAUGUUAUUUAGGGGUAUUUCACCUAAUCAUCCAACAGAUUUUGUUACUUUACAGUGCAAAUUGGACUUUUUAAUCUAAUUCUUUAAC